UCAGGUCGGACUCGAGCCCAUUUGUCCCCCGAGGACAUCAACGCACUUGUCUGUGAGAGGAAUCAUUUCAAAAAGCAGUUGAUGGAAAUGCGCGAGGCCAUCCAUUGGAGUGAAUUGCUUCGUGCCCAAUGCCUGGAGGCUAAACCUAUGACAAAAUGUUCAGUUUCCUCUCCAGGCGUUUGGACGACUACACAACCCUCAUUGAAGAGGAGCGGUGUUUGGAAAUUGUAA